CUACAUUUUCCAGAACGCCUCAGAGUGUCGUUGCAAGCGGUUGUUGUCAAACACGGGAAAGCCAGCGGUGGGAGUGACGGGUCUCAUCAUGCAGCCGUUAGUCGACAUUCUGAAAUGGUUUGGAGUCAAGGCAAGUGGAUGGUCUGUGUCUGUGUGCCUUUUUCUGCUGUUCUUCAGCCUCCUUUACUGGUACUCCAUCUCCCCUUACUCUGUCUUGGAGCGAUGUGGCAUCAAGCACCCAAAGCCCUCACCGUUUUUUGGGAACCUCAUGAUGUUUCGAGACGGUUUCUUUAAGGCACAAUCUGACCUAAUAAAGAAAUACGGACGAAUUUGUGGUUAUUAUAUAGGCAGGCGGCCUAUAGUGAUCAUAGCAGACCCAGAUAUGCUCAGGCAGGUGAUGGUGAAGGAAUUCAAUAAGUUUCCCAACAGAAUGACUGUCAGGGGCAUGACUAAACCCAUGAGUGACAGUCUGAUCAUGCUGAAGGGCGAACAGUGGAAACGAGUGCGCAGCAUCCUCACACCGACCUUCAGUGCUGCCAAGAUGAAAGAGAUGGUUCUCCUCAUCAACAUGGCCACAGAGACGUUAGUGAGAAACCUGAAGAGCCACGCUGAGUCCGGCAACAGCUUUAACAUUCACAAGUGCUUCGGCUGCUUCACGAUGGACGUAAUUGCCAGUGUGGCGUUUGGCACGCAGGUGGACUCUCAGAACAAUCCGGAUGAUCCUUUUGUGAACCACGCCUCCAAGUUCUUCGCUUUCACCUUCUUCAAACCCAUCAUGAUAUUCUUCAUGGCUUUUCCAUUUCUGCUUAAGCCUCUUGCUGGUCUCCUUCCCAAUAAAUCAAGAGAUGAGAUGAACAGCUUUUUUAUCAAAUGUAUUCAGAAGAUGAUUAAACAGAGAGAUGAUCUUCCCCCAGAACAGCGGAGGCGAGACUUUCUGCAGCUGAUGCUGGACGUCCGGGCCAGCAACAAGUAUUUGUCUUUGGAGCACUUUGAUGUGGUCAAUGACGCAGAUGAACAGGCUUGCACCGAACAGGGGAUGGACAACGGACAGGAAAAUGGACCUGGAAACGAGUCCACCAAGCGGUCCCAGCAGAAGAGAAUGAUGACCGAGGAUGAGAUUGUCGGUCAGUCCUUCAUCUUCCUUUUGGCUGGCUAUGAGACGAGCAGCAACACACUAGCGUUCACAUGCUACCUGUUAGCACUCCAUCCAGAGUGCCAGAAAAAACUCCAAGAGGAAGUGGAUGAAUUCUUCAGCAGACACGAGACUGCAGAUUACACUAAUGUCCAAGAGCUGAAGUAUUUAGACAUGGUUAUAUGUGAGUCUCUCAGACUCUACCCACCUGCGUUCAGAUUUGCACGAGAUGUUGAUCAAGACACUGUGGUGAAUGGCCAGCUUCUGCCUAAAGGAUCAUCUCUGGAAAUCGCUGCAGGUUUCCUUCACUAUGACCCAGAGCACUGGACCGAACCUGAGAAAUUCAUCCCAGAGAGGUUCACUCCAGAAGCCAAGGCCAGCCGGCACCCGUUUGUGUAUCUGCCGUUUGGAGCGGGGCCACGCAGCUGUGUGGGCAUGAGAUUGGCCCAGCUGGAGAUUAAAAUGGCUCUGCUUCACAUAUUUAGGAGGUUUAACAUGAUGGCCUGCGAGGACACUGAGGUUCCUCUGGAGUUGAAGUCGCACACCACCCUUGGACCCAAGAAUGGUAUUUUGGUCAACAUCACCAAGAGGGAGAAUUUUGAGGACGAGUCCUGAUGGAGUUUUAGU